AUGCAGCCGCCGCGCACUAUCAUCAUUGUCGGUGCAGGCAUUGCGGGAAUCGCGUGUGCGCUCGCCCUCUCUCGCGAACUCACUCCAUAUGUGCCGGAUCUGAAAAUCACCAUAUUUGAGCGCCACAACAUCCUGUCUACAUCGGGAGGCGCCAUCAAUUUGACCCCGGUCGCCCAGCGGCAUCUGGCGCAGUUGGGAGUGCUGGAAGAGUUGGAUCGAAUGGGGCCCGAGGGCGGAGCAGAUGUGGACGCGAUUGAGCUUUACUCUAUGCGUUCCGGCCGCUCGAUUGGCUCAAUUGACUUCACUGAUCAACAUGGAAACGGAUUUGGGGGAUACAAGGGCCGCCGGGUGAUGCGCAUCGUCAUCUCCAUUGCGAUGCUGGCCGUGGUUGAGCGCAGCAGCAACGUUGAAAUUGUCUUCGGUAAAAAGGCAACGCACGGCGAGGAGAUCAACGACAAGGCCGUGGUGCAUUUCCAUGACGGCUCUGAGGCUAUUGGAGACUUGGUCAUCGGCUGCGAUGGCGUCCACUCCGCGAUGCGCACUCGCUGGGUAGACCCAAACCGGCCCUCUGAGUAUACAGGGAUCUCAUUUGUGCAGGCCACUAUAAACUCCGACAGUAUUUCCUCGCGCACCCAUUUUGGCUCUUCAGCGCUGCAUAUGUCCCGCCAUGGCUCCAUCCUCACGAGCUAUUGUGACCGUGACCAGGAGCAAGUCUUCGCCUCUGCCAUCGUACAAUUCAGCGAGGAAGCAUUACAUAGUUAUCGGCUUGAACCGGGGCAAGACUGGAUGACCCAGAACAGGAUCAGACGUGCUCUACGCGGCGAGCUAAAUCAUCGUUUUGGGAAAUGCGCCAUACCUUAUGUUCGGGAGGUCAUCGAUAAUGAUGAAGCCGAAUGGAUGCUGUACCCAGUGUACCAAGUCCGCCCCGAUGGACGGUGGUGCAUUAACAGUGUGGUACUCCUUGGUGAUGCCGCCCAUGCAUUGUCCCAGAUGCCGCCACGGGAUGAAUCGGCUGCUUAUGCAUUGGACGACGCCAUUCUCUUCGCUCGGAUUCUAAGUCGCUACCGUACGGAGCCAUUGGCGCGGACCUUUAAUGCCUACGAGCGUCUCCGUCGCAGUACAAUCAACUACGCAUUCAAGGAGUCCCUUCGUAUGUGGGACAGGAAUCGGGAUAUGGGCAUGCUCGAAGGUCGGCUCAAGGAGUGGAUGUUGCCGCUUUACCUCCGCAGUCAUCGCGACGAGCGCGAAGCGGCUUGGGAGUUUGAUGCCAUGAAGAUUGACAUCUCAAAGCUGGAAUCAAGUGAGGAUUUGGUGACACUGCAAUCGUUUUUGACGGAGCGUGCCCUCUAG